AGCGAGGCACUGCGACUGCUACACCGUGCCGUAAGACGUCUAAACAAUUCAUCGGUGCUGCAGCGAGCGCUGCGCACGCUGGAGCUGUGGCUGGCGCAGAUGUCCAGACGACGGGGGCAAGAACUGCACACGGAGACUGCGGCCGGAGGCGCUCCGUCCGUCAUGGUAGUCGUAAGGCAGAGCGAGCCGCUGACGCUCGAAUCUUGCAGUGACCGCAGUGUCUGCAACGCGGGAGGUGCGGAUAGGCUCGGAGACGGCGAGAACUGCGAAGGACAGGACUUUUUGCAGAACCCCGAGCUGGUGAGCUCC